AUGCAGUCUAUCCCAGCCUCCAGAGAGGUGGACCUGGAGGGAAUGAACCAAGCCUUGGAAGACCAUCAUAGUCUGGGGACCAACAUGUUCUUCCCACAGAACCUACAAGAGAAUCAAGAAGACAAUAGGUCAGGAAGAAAUUUCAGUGACUUUGAAGACACUCAGGACCUUGAAACUCCCAAGUGUCUACAUUUACUUUCCAUAGCCUCCUGCAACUCUCAGGAGGGGACGUCUCCAUGCCACCUGUUGACAGUGAGGGUCAUCCGGAUGAAGAAUGUUCGGCGGGCUGAUAUUUUGAGCCAGACAGACUGCUUUGUGAGCCUCUGGCUGCCUACUGCCUCUCAGGAAAAGCUGAGGACCAGGACCAUCUCCAACUGCCUACACCCAGAGUGGAAUGAGAGCUUCACCUUCCAGAUCCAGACUCAAGUGAAGAAUGUGCUGGAGUUGAGUGUCUGUGAUGAAGACACAGUGACACCAGAUGAUCAUCUCUUGACGGUUCUCUAUGACCUCUCUAAGCUCUGCUUUCGGAAUAAAACCCACGUGAAGUUCCCACUCAACCCAGAGGGAAUGGAAGAGCUAGAGGUGGAGUUCCUGCUUGCAGAGAGUCCUUCUCCUCCGGAAACCCUCACCACCAACGGCGUGCUUGUGUCUCGUCAAGUCUCUUGCUUGGAGGUUCAUGCAGAAUCCAGGAGGCAGAGGCAGAGGAAGAGGAAAAAAACUAAAGACCUCCUGGUGGCAGUAACAGACUCCUUUGAGAAUACCCAGUGCAUCUCACCCUGUAUGGAACCCUGCUGCCCCAACCCUGCCUGCUUCCACUACCCUAAGUACUUCCAGCCCCAGCUACUUGUAGAAGUGCCUAAGAGCUGCUGGAACUGCAGGUUUUGCUGCUGUGGAGCGCACAAGGAUGGCCCUGUCUGUCAAUCCCUCAAUUGCCUUUCUGAUGGUCAGGCAGUGACCCUGCCUGUGGGCGAAAACUUUGAAUUACACAUGAAGUCCACACCCUGCCCUGACACGCUGGAUGUGCGGCUAGGCUUUAGCCUGUGCCAAAAAGAGAUGGAGUUCCUGCAGAAGCGGAAGGUGGUGGUGGCUGAGGCACUGCGGCAGGUGCUGCAGCUGGAGGAAGACCUGCCUGAGGAUGAGGUACCACUAAUAGCCAUCAUGGCCACUGGGGGUGGAGCAAGGUCUAUGACUGCCAUGUAUGGCCACCUGCUGGGGCUGCAGAAGCUGAACCUCCUGAACUGUUCCACUUACAUCACCGGCUUGUCAGGUGCCACCUGGACCAUGGCUACCUUGUACAGUGACCCUGAGUGGUCUUCCAAAAACCUGGAGCCUGCUGUCUUUGAGGCCCGGAGACAUGCUGUCAAAGACAAGAUGCCUGCCCUGUUCCCAGACCAGCUCUGCAAAUGCCGAGAAGAGCUCCAACAGCACAGCCAGGAGGGCUACAGGGUCACCCUAACAGACUUCUGGGGCAAGCUGAUCGAGUAUUGUCUGGGGGACAAGAAAAAUGAAUGCAAACUGUCAGAGCAGCGUGCUGCUUUAUGCCGGGGCCAGAACCCUCUGCCAAUCUACCUCACCAUCAAUGUCAAGGAUGAUGUAAGCAACCAGGAUUUCAGAGAAUGGUUCGAGUUCUCCCCCUAUGAGGUGGGCAUGCAAAAGUAUGGGGCCUUCAUCCCUACUGAGCUCUUUGGCUCCGAGUUCUUCAUGGGGCGGCUGAUGAAGAGGAUCCCUGAGCCAGAGAUGUGCCACAUGCUAGGUUUAUGGAGCAGCAUCUUCUCCCUGAACCUGCUUGAUGCCUGGAAUUUGUCACACACCUCAGAAGAGUUUUUUUACAGAUGGACAAGGGAGAAACUACAAGACAUUGAAGAUGAGCCACUUUUGCCUGAAAUCCCCAGAUGUGAUGCUAACCCUUUGGAAACCACAGUAGUAAUCCCAGGGUCAUGGCUGUCCAAUGCUUUCCGAGAGAUCCUCACACAUAGGCCCUUCGUGUCUGAGUUCCACAACUUCCUGUAUGGGCUGCAACUGCACACCGACUACUUACAGGACAGCCAGUUCUCCAAGUGGAAAGACACAGUGCUGGACCACCUCCCAAACCAGCUGACACAGUUUACGAAGCACUUGUACCUGCUGGACACCGCAUUCUUCGUCAACUCCAGCUAUGCACCCCUCCUCAGGCCAGAGAGAAGAGUUGACCUCAUCAUCCAUCUCAAUUAUUCUGCAGGAUCCCAGACAAAGCACCUGAAACACACAUGUGAGUACUGCACCACACAGAACAUCCCCUUCCCCAGCUACUCGAUCGAGGAGGAUGACAACAAUCUCAAGGAAUGCUACCUGAUGGAGAAUCCCCAGGAGCUGGAUGCCCCCAUUGUGGCUUUCUUCCCACUCAUCAGUGACACCUUCCAGAAGUAUAAGGCUCCAGGUGUGGAAAGAAGUCCCGAGGAGCUGGAGCUGGGCCAGCUGAACAUCUAUGGCCCCAAAUCUCCCUAUGCCACCAAAGAGCUGACUUACUCGGAGUCUGCCUUUGACAAAUUGGUAAAGCUGUCAGAGUACAAUAUCCUCAAUAACAAAGACAAGCUCCUUCAGGCCUUGAGACUGGCGGUGGAGAAGAAGAAACGCAUGAAGAGCCAGUGUCCCUCCUAGGCCCCAGGGAACCCCAUCCAUCCUGUGACUGCUUCAGUUGUCAGAGGCUGACCCCACAUGCAGCUGGCCCUGCUCUCUGGCCAGGAGUACAGGCAGGCUGGCCUCAGCUUUCCAGCAAAAGGUUAAAAGUUAACACAUG